AUGAACCCCAAGCCACCACCACCACCACCACCACCCCGCUGGCCCGCCCCCUACAGCGCCGCCAUCUCCUUCACGAUGGACAACCUCGGUGAAGCGCAGGACGUGCUCAAGGGCGCGUGGCCGCACCCGAUCGGCACCCACCCCGCCGUGACCGACCAGCUGCCGCGCAUGCUGGCCCUGCUCGACCGGCACGGCGUGCGCGCCACCUACUUCGCCGAGGCCUGGAGCCUGGCUCGUGUACCCGGCCGCCGUGCAGGCGCUGGCCCCGCGCGGGGCAUGAGGGUCGCGUGGCACGGAUUUCAGCAUGAGGUGUGGCGUGGGCUGGAUGAGGCGCGGGAGAGGGAGAGUUUUGAGAGGAGUUGCCGGGGCGGCGGGGGAGUCGGGGGUGCGGCGGUGGAUGCUUUUUGUUAUAUGGAGAAGUUUGGUGGGAUUCGGAAGGAGUAUGGGGAGCGGGAGGAAGUGCUGAGUCCCGAGGAACUUAAGCAGUGCUUGAUGGACAAGAUUGAUGAUACUGUCAAGACAGGCGGUUUCAUGUCCAUACUGUUCCACCCGUCUCUUCAGACAAGCGAAGAGAAGUUUGAAGUAAUGCAGGAUGUCUUGAAGAGGAUCAGCGAGGAUGGGGAAAUAUGGGUUGCGCCAUGUAAGGAAGUUGCUGAGUGGAUGAAGGAACACCCCGAGGUAUUUGAGGCGAAAGACUCAGUGUGA